AUGUUCCUCCACGUGUAUCCUCGCUCUCAGAAUCUAACCUCCAACUUCAGCGAGCCGUCAGAGGACGAGUCUGGACACUGCGGGGACAUGGUCGAGGGCAUCAUGGUCUGGGCUUCUCUCAGCGCUCUCUGCUCUCUGGUCGGGUGUCCUGCAUGUGUUGCUGUUCUCUGGGAGCUGCUCCGGAGACACAGAGCGGGGACCCCCUUCACCCCCAAUGACGUCUUCAUGCUCAACCUCACCUUCAUGGACUUGGUCUUCUUGGUUUUUGUCCCGUUCGGGCUGUGCAACUUCCUCCUGUGGCACAUCACCUCCGUCCAGAUGUUGAGCAAUUUUCUGUAUGCCUUGAACCUGGUGGGACGACCUCUCCUCACUGCUUGCAUCUGCCUGGACUGCUACCUGGCCGUGGUCCAUCCCAUGACCUACCGCACCAGGAAGAGUCUGACUCCCCGGCUCCUCAUGGCCGCUGCUGUCUGGAUCGUCACGGCGGUUCAGGGGUCUGUGUCCAUAGUCAUCGCUGAAUUGAGCCACAGCGCCUGGGCCAUGUUUGUGUACAUCAUAGCGCUGCCCGUCAUCAUCAUCUGUGAUGUCUCCAUCCUCUGGACUCUGAAGAACUCCCUCCGUGCGGGAGGAGACCUCCAUCCAAAGAAGAAGAGGGCUCUGCAGAUCAUCACCAACAGCAUGGUCAUGACCGUCACCUCAUACAUCCCUCCAAUGUUGGCAUACAUCAUCGGGGAUCUGAUCAUUAGUGACGACGACGUGUAUGAAUGUUAUCUGGCAAUACCCGUCCUGACAACCCCAACUGCAGGGAGCGCAAUCAUGCCUCUGCUCUAUCUGGGCAAUCUGGGGCGACUGAAGAGCCCCUGCUGUUCGGAAUAAAAGGUCAGAUGGUUGAUAGUGGGUCAGGCGUGACACCACGAGAUUUACAGGAGAAUUACAAAUAACUACUAAUUGAAACUUGACAAUUACAUGGCAUAUUCAAGGACAAUAAACCUGUAAAUGAAUCAUAAAUAAGAUGCACGAGGGAAAACAAAAAAAAUGUCUGACCUACACAACAAAGUUUCCAUUAAAACAACCGUCGGUGACAUUGUGGCACACUUAUAGGCAUUUAAGGCAGACUUGUUACCUUUACUGUAGGCGGCAAGUUUCCCACCUAACCUUAGAAAUGUCAAUAAAAUGGGAGAAAAGUAGAUAAAAGAAAAUGAAAUUAACAGGCAACAGAAUCAUCUCACUCCAGCCAUUGAUCAAGGGAGCCUCAGAAGCACGGGACAGUAUGAUCACGUCAAGUCGACUAUCCUGGCAGAAGGAACUGUGAUUUCCAAUAUCAUUGCGAUAAUCAUCAAAAUGUGCUUAAAGCUC